AUGAAGGGAUUCAAACUUUGGAAUCAGAAAGAGAAGUUAAAUUCCCAUGUUGGAGGAGUUAAUAGUGCUCAUAACCAAACUAUCAAGAAGAGUGGAGAUCUAAUGAAGGAAAAGCAACACAUUCAAAGUGUUUUGGUUAAACAAUCAAAUAAAGAUAAAAUUGAAUAUCGGGUUCAAUUAAAUGCAAUAGUUGAUUGCAUAAAAUUCCUUUUAUGCCGGGGAUCGGUUUUUCGUGGUCACGAUGAAUCUCAAGGUUCAAGUGAUAAAGGAAAUUUCCUUGAGUUUCUACAAUUUUUGGGGGAUUACAAUAAAUCUAUCAAUGAAGUGUUGCAAAAGGUUUCGAAAAAUUGCAAGCUUACCCACCAUGAAAUUCAAAAAGACAUUGUGAAUGCAAUUGCAUGUGAAACAUCCAAAGCCAUCAUCAAAGAUCUUGACAAUGGGUUUUUUUCAAUAUUAGUUGAUGAGUCGCGUGAUAUCUCAGUGAAAGAGCAAAUGACUCUCGUUCUUCGUUAUGUGAACAAAAAAGGAAUUAUUAUAGAGCGGUUCCUUGGUAUUGUACACGUAGCAAGUACCACCGCUUUGUCACUCAAAUAUGCUAUUAAAUGUUUACUUUGUGAACAUAAUUUGAAUUUAUCAAAACUACGCGGGCAAGGUUAUGAUAGGGCUAGUAAUAUGCAAGGUGAUAUCAAUGGUCUCAAAACUUUAAUUUUGAAAAAGAAUAAGUUAGCAUUUUAUGUCCAUUGUUUUGCUCAUCAGCUUCAAUUGACCCUUGUUGCUGUUGCUAAAAAUCACAUUAACAUUGCUAAAUUUUUUUAUGUGGUUAGUAAUUUAGUAACUGUUGUUGGAGGCUCUUGUAAGAGACAAGAUGUUCUUCGAGAUGCACAAUUUGUCAAAAUUAAAGAAGAAUUAGAGAUUGGUGUAUGUAGAAGUGGGUAA